AUGGACGACUGUCUCCAGCAACUACUCAAUAACACCACUGCAUUCCUCGAAACCGAGUGCCCAAAACUUUUCGUCAGCAAGGCGAUCGGCUACGCCGUGAUCGCUGGCAGCGCGCUCGUCAAGCUGCCCCAGAUCCUCAAGAUCCACCGGGCUGGCAGCGUCGCGGGCAUCUCGCACGCUUCCGUCCUGUUUGAGUUUGUGGCGACGCUGGUCAACGUGAGCUACUUUCUGCCGCUCGGCUACCCGUUCUCCACCUGGGGCGAGAACGCCUUCCUCCUCGCCCAGAACAGCGCGCUCUACAUCCUCCACGCGCACAUGUCGGGCGGGCUGCGCGCCAGCUUUCUGCUCGAGGCGAGCGCCGCGUGUGCAUCCGGCUACGUCCUCUACCGGCGGCUCGUGCCUGACUUUGUGCUUCCGGCAGCCGCGUGCGGCGCGCUCGGCCUCCGCCGCUGCACCGUCAGCUGCGAGGAGCUCGCGGGCACCCUGCCCAUGCUGCUUGGGCUUGUCGGUCGCCUGCCGCAGAUAGCGCAGAACCUGCGGCAGCGACACACAGGGGUGGUCCUCUCGCUCGGCCUGAACCUUGUCAUCGUGGCGCAGAUCCUGCUGCUCGGAGGCACGCCAAAGAAGGCCGCCAACAAGGCGGCCUGAGGGACCACCGCCCCACCCACCACCACGUCAGCGUGAGCUGCGCGUGAACUUCUCUCGCGCGGCGAGAGAGAGGGCCUCUCCCACCGCACCGCGAGCUCGCUGGCGCACUCCGCUGGCGGGCUGGCUGGGGCUCGUCGGCGGCCCGGGUCGACACCUCGGCCGAAGCUCGCGCACGCGCACGGGUCGGGGACGGCGGGGGCCGGGUGCCUGGCAGGCCGCUGCUUCCCGCGCCGCGACCACACACGCCGGACGUCCGCCUGCGCCGUCUUUCCGCUAUCUCACUCUUGCUGUGUGCCGAGAAUAUUUCUGCGUCAGCUAAGUGGCGCAAGUGUGGC